UUCCUCUUCUCUUCUCCUAGGGUUUCUCAUCCCACCAUUUCCCUCCCCCUCUCUCUUUCUCUCUCUAGACCGGCGAUCUCUCACCUCCGACUUUCUCUCUCCACCGCAAAUGGCGGCGCCUGCAGUCUCGCUUCCCUCGACGUCCUCGAAGACGGAGUCGUACGUCGACAACAAGCGCAAGGAGGACAUCCGGCAGGCCAACAUCGUGGCCGCCCGCGCCGUCGCCGACGCCGUCCGCACCAGCCUCGGCCCCAAGGGCAUGGACAAGAUGAUCUCCACCGCCAGCGGCGAGGUCAUCAUCACCAACGACGGCGCCACCAUCCUCAACAAGAUGGAGGUCCUCCAGCCCGCCGCCAAGAUGCUCGUCGAGCUCUCCAAGUCCCAGGACGCCGCGGCCGGCGACGGCACCACCACCGUCGUCGUCAUCGCCGGCGCCCUCCUCAAGCAGUGCCUCAUCCUCCUCUCCGCCGGCAUCCACCCCACGGUAAUCUCCGAUUCCCUCCACAAGGCUGCUAUCAAGGCCGUCGACGUCUUGACCGCGAUGGCCGUCCCUGUCGAGUUGAGCGACCGCGAGUCGUUGGUUAAGUCCGCUAGCACUUCGCUUAAUAGUAAGGUGGUUAGUCAGUAUUCGACUCUCUUGGCGCCCCUCGCGGUUGAUGCGGUUUUGUACGUUGUUGAUCCGUUGAAACCUGAGGUAGUUGAUCUGAGAGAUAUUAAGAUUGUGAAGAAGUUGGGUGGGACUGUGGACGACACUGAGCUGGUUAAAGGUCUGGUUUUUGACAAGAAAGUGAGUCAUGCUGCUGGCGGGCCUACUCGCAUUGAAAAUGCUAAGAUUGCGGUGAUUCAGUUCCAGAUUUCGCCUCCGAAGACCGAUAUUGAGCAGAGCAUCGUGGUCUCUGAUUAUACUCAGAUGGAUAGGAUACUGAAAGAAGAGAGGAAUUACAUUUUGGGUAUGAUUAAGAAGAUUAAGGCCACUGGAUGCAACGUGUUGUUGAUCCAGAAGAGUAUUUUGAGAGAUGCUGUGACAGAUUUGUCGCUGCAUUAUCUGGCCAAAGCCAAGAUUUUGGUGGUUAAGGAUGUGGAGCGUGACGAAAUUGAGUUCAUUACAAAGACCUUGAAUUGCUUGCCAAUUGCCAACAUUGAGCAUUUCCGAGCAGAGAAGAUGGGCUAUGCUGAUCUUGUUGAGGAGGUUUCUUUGGGUGAUGGGAAGAUUGUGAAGAUCACGGGUAUUAAGGAUAUGGGAAGGACGACGACUGUGCUUGUGCGUGGUUCCAACCAGCUGGUGAUUGACGAGGCCGAGAGGAGCUUGCAUGAUGCUCUGUGUGUGGUCAGAUGUUUGGUGAGCAAGAGGUUCUUGAUUGCUGGAGGCGGUGCUCCGGAGAUUGAGCUGUCAAGGCAGUUGGGAGCCUGGGCAAAGGUACUUCACGGUAUGGAGGGGUAUUGUGUAAAGGCGGUUGCUGAGGCACUCGAAGUGAUUCCUUACACACUUGCUGAGAAUGCGGGGUUGAAUCCGAUAGCAAUUGUGACUGAGCUGAGGAAUAGGCAUGCCCAAGGAGAGAUCAAUGCCGGGAUCAAUGUCAGGAAGGGGCAGAUAACUAAUAUCUUGGAGGAAAAUGUGGUGCAGCCCCUGCUUGUUAGUACAAGUGCAAUCACUCUUGCUACAGAGUGUGUUCGGAUGAUUUUGAAGAUUGAUGAUAUUGUUUCAGUGAGGUAGGCGUCACAGAACAAGAGAACGUUGCGGGAAUAUGUAGCCCGCAACAUGUGGCCAAUCUCAUUGUCAUCAAUCUGUGCUUGUGUGUCCUUUGAACCGAUAUUUUUGUGAUUUCGAGAUGUUUUUAGGUAUUUCUGAAUGCAGUAUGUCUACCUUCUAGCGUUUUUUAUGUUAAUUCUGGGUUAUAUUUCCUUUGAGUAUCUAUCAAAUAUUAAGAUACAGUCUCUUAACACUAA